AUGAGUACUGUAUUUCACAAUAAAGAUCCAGUUUCGGAAAGUUUAAAAUUAUUUAAAUGGUUAAUUGCACCUUUAAGUCCAACCAGUUUUUUUAAACAGUACUGGGAAGUUAAAGCUCUGCACAUACAACAUAAUUCAGCGUAUUACUUUAGUGAUAUUUUGACUACAGCAAAACUGGAUAGUAUUUUUAGGGAUAGCGAUGUUUUAGCACGUGAGUCCAGUCCUAAUUUAAGACAUGAUGAUAUUGGUAAACCCUUUAUGGAAGUUACCUUGAAUGCUGGAGAUAUGCUUUAUUUUCCUAGAGGCACCAUUCACGAGGGUAGAACUGAUCCUGAAUGCCAUUCAUUCCAUAUAACAGUGUCAGUAUAUCAGCAUAAUUCUUUCGCCGAUCUAUUAGAAUAUGCUUUACCUGAGGCACUAAAAAAAGCAUCAUUUGAUAACGUACAUUUUCGGAAAGGAUUGCCACUUAAUUAUUUGAAACACACAGGUUAUGUAAAUAAAAAUAUACUCUCAGAGGAAAGAUUAAAUAUAAUGGCAGAAAUUCAAAAAUUAUUUGACUCUUUGAGGGAUUAUAUUGACAUUGAUAAAGCAGCUGAUCAAUUAGGUAGAAGGUUUAUGUACGAUUCAAUGCCCCCGGUAUUGUCAAAACAAGAAAUAUUUCACACAUCCAAAUAUGAUGGUGAUAUUAUGAAGGAGGGUAAAAUUUUUAACAGGGCCGAAUUUGAUAUGGAUACGGAAGUACGACUACUUCGAUAUUUUUGUGUACGCCUCGUUAUAGAUGAAGAAUGUUCAAAAUUGUACUAUAAUACAGAAAACGCAAAAAUGUACCAUGGAGAAGAAGAACAGGUUUUGGUAAUAGAAUUCAAUUUAAUCCCAACAAUAGAAAUGUUGCAAAGUACAUAUCCUAAAUUUACAAACAUUAAAAGUUUAGUUGUCAAUAAUAAUUCCAAUAUUGAGACAAUUCAAUUGGUGUCUGACUUAUGGGAACGUGGAUUACUAAUAACUAAUAAUUCAGUUACUACUGUAAUUGGAGACUAA